GAGAGGGUGACAAGGUUAGACCGGCUCUUCUCUAGCCAGUGGGGACAGGAAGCGGACUGUUCCUAACUCUCCCUGCUUGACACCAACUUGCGUUAGGAACUACGUUAAACCUCUUGAGUGUAUUGUACCCCACUAUCAACAGGCUUUGAGAAGAGGUGUUCUUGCAACCACCUGGUGACAAUAGCCAUGAAGUGGGGCUGGGUGUUUUUAGGGGUCUUCCUCUCUUUGGGGACCUUGUCCUGGGGGGAGAAGGGCUUGGAGGUCCCCGAGUACGAUGGCAAAGAUCGCGUCCAUACUCUCACGGCCAAGAACUACAAGUCCAUCAUGAAGAAAUAUGAUGUGAUGGUGAUCUACUACCACAAAAAUGUGGAUGGGAAUCGCAGUGCCAUGAAGCAGUUUCAGAUAGAGGAGCUGGCUUUGGAGUUGAUCACAAGCGAAGCAGCAAUUAUCUUUCAGCUCGCAGCCCAAGUGCUGGACGAUCUUGAUGAUGAGGACAUUGGAUUCGCCCUGGUGAAUGAAAAGAAGGACCCCGCUGUUGCCAAGAAGCUGGGUCUCGAUGAGGUGGAGAGCAUCUACAUCUUUGCCGACAAUGAAAUCAUUGAGUACGAUGGAGAGCUGGCCGCCGACACCCUGGUUGAGUUCCUCUAUGAUGUGAUGGAGGAUCCCGUGGAGAUCAUUGACAACGAGCGUGAGCUGAAGGGUUUCUACAACAUGGACGAGGUUAUCAGGCUGGUCGGCUAUUUCAAGAGCGAGAGAUCCCCUCAUUUCAUUGAGUAUGAUGACGCUGCCGAGGAGUUUCACCCCUUUGUCAAAUUCUUCGCCACAUUCGACCCCAAGAUCGCCAAGAAGCUGAAACUGAAGCUGAAUGAAGUUGAUUUCUAUGAGCCAUUCAUGGAGGAACCUGUCACCAUUCCAGGAAAGCCCUACAUUGAAUCUGAGAUUGUUGAAUACAUUGAGCAGCAUGACAGGCCCACUCUAAGGAAGCUUGAGCCUCACAGCAUGUAUGAGAUCUGGGAGGAUGACAUUGAUGGAGAGCACAUUGUUGCCUUUGCUGAGGAAGAUGACCCAGAUGGUUUUGAAUUUCUCGAAAUCCUGAAGGAGGUGGCACGCGAGAACACAGACAACCCCAACCUCAGUAUCAUCUGGAUCGACCCAGACAACUUCCCCCUGCUGGUUCCAUACUGGGAGAAAACCUUCCGCAUCGACCUCACUUCUCCUCAAAUUGGUGUAGUAGACGUGGAGGAUGCUGACAGCGUGUGGAUGGAAAUCGACGACCAGGAUGACAUGCCCACAGCUGACGAACUCGAGCAGUGGAUUGAGGAUGUUCUUUCCGGAAAGAUUGAUCCAGAUGAUGAUGAUGAGGAUGAAGAUGAUGACGACGACGAUGAUGAUGAUGAUGACGAUGAUGAUGACGAUGAUGAUGAUGACGAUGAUGAUGAUGAUGAUGAUGACGAUGAUGACGACGACGACGACGAUGAUGACGAUGACGAUGAUGACGAUGACGAUGAUGACGACGAUGAUGACGAUGAUGACGAUGAUGAUGACGACGAUGAUGAUGAUGAUGACGAUGAUGAUGACGAUGAAUAAAUGUAUUCUGUCAUCUUUCAGUUCUUUUAGCCAGUAAUGGCAAACCCCAAAUGUAAUACUUUUUUAUUUCAUCUUUCAGCAAACACACUCAGUGUCUGUUUGCUUCCUGCUCAGUUUCCUGUGAGGGACUAAGAUAACGACCUUAUGGGAAACGUUUACUGACAGAUAGAGGAGGCGAUUUUCAGAGAAGAGGAGGAUUUCCAUCUCUGUUUAUGUGCAGGGUUGCAGCUUAAAUGUUUGUGUUAGAUCUCUCACCUCUGACGUUCACAAUGGACGUGAGCAAAGAGGCUAACAGAGGCUACAACAACUCCCCCAACCUUUUUCUACCUUCCGUCACUGACCAGGAUUCACCCUUUGCUCAUUUUCUCAAAUUUUCUGUAGUCCUGUUUCAAUGACCUGUUUUCUACUUGAUGAAGAGAAGAAACACUUUCUUGAAUACUUUUUAAAGAAAACCUACGUAAACUCACUGGACAGUCUUAAGAUCAUCGCAGUCUUGGAAAAUGAAUACACUGAGAAAUAAAACUAAGAAAAAAUAUAUGUUUCUGGUCUCAUAUUAAAAGUGAACAACAAUACGUUUAAAACCCA